ACAAGGUGUUGAAAGCGUUCCACAGUGAUGCUGGCCCAUGUUGACUCUACAAGGUGUUGAAAGCGUUCCACAGGGAUGCUGGCCCAUGUUGACUCUACAAGGUGUGGAAAGCGUUCCACAGGGAUGCUGGCCCAUGUUGACUCUACAAGGUGUUGAAAGCGUUCCACAGGGAUGCUGGCCCAUGUUGACUCUACAAGGUGUUGAAAGCGUUCCACAGGGAUGCUGGCCCAUGUUGACUCUACAAGGUGUUGAAAGCGUUCCACAGGGAUGCUGGCCCAUGUUGACUCUACAAGGUGUUGAAAGUGUUCCACAGGGAUGCUGGCCCAUGUUGACUCUACAAGGUGUUGAAAGCGUUCCACAGGGAUGCUGGCCCAUGUUGACUCUACAAGGUGUUGAAAGUGUUCCACAGGGAUGCUGGCCCAUGUUGACUCUACAAGGUGUGGAAAGCGUUCCACAGGGAUGCUGGCCCAUGUUGACUCUACAAGGUGUUGAAAGCGUUCCACAGGGAUGCUGGCCCAUGUUGACUCUACAAGGUGUUGAAAGCGUUCCACAGGGAUGCUGGCCCAUGUUGACUCUACAAGGUGUUGAAAGCGUUCCACAGGGAUGCUGGCCCAUGUUGACUCUACAAGGUGUUGAAAGCGUUCCACAGGGAUGCUGGCCCAUGUUGACUCUACAAGGUGUUGAAAGCGUUCCACAGGGAUGCUGGCCCAUGUUGACUCUACAAGGUGUCGAAAGCGUUCCACAGGGAUGCUGGCCCAUGUUGACUCUACAAGGUGUAGAAAGUGUUCCACAGGGAUGCUGGCCCAUGUUGACUCUACAAGGUGUAGAAAGUGUUCCACAGGGAUGCUGGCCCAUGUUGACUCUACAAGGUGUAGAAAGUGUUCCACAGGGAUGCUGGCCCAUGUUGACUCUACAAGGUGUGGAAAGUGUUCCACAGGGAUGCUGGCCCAUGUUGACUCCAAUGCUUCCCACAGUUGUGUCCAGUUGGCUGGAUGUCCUUUGGGUGGUGGACCAUUCUUGAU